ACGUAAAGACGCAGUUUCUGAAAGCGACGCCAUUUUUGCCUGACCCCUCGCAGUCGCAGUAUCCAUGGUCGGUUCCUAUCGUACACUACUUGGGUUCGAGGUCGCAGACACAACCCACUCGCCUCCGCAACAGCUCGUCUGGCUCAGUGAGUCGAGUUCAUAGGUUGCCGAGUCAUAAAAUCCCCAAUUUUUCAGGGAUGCUGGGGAAAGCAUUAGCUUCUCCUCUGUCAACAUUGGAUUCUGCCGCAUGCCUUUGCAUUUCUGCGGCCGGUCUCACGGUACCCACUAAUGUUAUACCAUCGAACCCAAGUUCUUACCAUGGUCUUUUCCCCGGUGUGACCAGUUCCCGAAACAAAUGGGUAAUAUGUUCAACAGCUCAAGUAGAAACAGAUAACGAAGAUCCAAAGACGUGGGAAGAAUGCAGAGAAGCCCUGUCUUGUUUCAGUUUCAGCGCAGACGAGACAAACAAGAUGCUAGGAAAAGCAUUCGGGCAUGUCCAUUCGCCUUACUGGAGCGAAGAACGUAAGAAAGAGACUCCAAAGGUGGAAACUUUGAAUCAAACGCUGGAUUUCCUGAGAAGCCUUGGCCUCACGGACGACGAUCUGAAAAAGCUGCUGAAGAAAUUCCCGGAGGUCCUCGGUUGCAGCCUCGAGGAGGAGAUGAAACCCAAUGUGCAGAUCCUGGAAAAGGACUGGGGAAUAAAGGGAAAGUCUUUGAAAAGCCUUUUGCUACGGAACCCAAAAGUGUUGGGGUACAAUGUGGAUUGCAAGGGAGAUUGUAUGGCUCAGUGCACUCGGUGUUGGGUUCGGUUCUAGUUCCUCGCUUACUCUCUGUUCUCGAAGCAGAGCAUCGAUAUCCGCCGGUCACUUCUUCAUGAAUUCUGCUCGAAUGGGUAUAUUCCCCACAUUACAUAUAUAUAUGACCCGUUAUGUAUUAUUUAACCAUAUGAUUCUCUUGAUGUGGUAAAAUGAGAAAUUUACGUAGGUAACCUUUUAUUCA